GGCUGAGACCGGAAAGCCGGAAGUAUUCACAGGAUACAGGAAACGGUCGCUGCCCAGCCCUUAGCUAGCUGUGCUGAUCUACCCAGUGUUCCUGUCUGCCUCAGGCCACCAUGUCUCGCUCCCGUCAGCCCCCGCUGGUCACGGGCAUCUCGCCCAAGGAGGGAGCGGCUUGGACCAAAGUCACCAUCCGUGGAGAAAACCUGGGCACGGGCCCACCAGACCUCAUUGGUCUGUUGAUCUGCGGCCAUAACUGCCUGCUGACAGCUGAGUGGAUGUCAGCCAGCAAGAUAGUGUGCCGCGUGGGUCCUGCCAAAGACGACAAGGGAGAGAUCAUCGUUACUACCAAGUCUGGAGGUCUCGGCACCUCCACAGUCUCAUUUAAACUGAUCAGACCAGAGAGGAUCGGUAUCCUGGACCAGUCUGCUGUGUGGGUGGAUGAGAUGAACUACUACGACAUGAGGACCGACCGCAACAAAGGCAUCUCCCCCCUCUCCCUGCGACCCAGCAAUCCACUGGGCAUCGACAUAGACAAAGGCAAACUCCCUCAGAAAGAUAUAGAGCUGACAUUUCCAGGAAUGAGUGGAGACUUCACCAGUGAGAACUUCUCUGCCACCUGGUACCUCAUAGAAAACCACAUGGGCUCCAGUUUUGAGCAGUUGAAGAUUGCAGCCAAUAAUCUGAAGAAGCAGGCUACUAAGAAGAAUGAGGGGAGUCUGGCCUAUGUGAAAGGAGGCCUCAGUACGUUCUUUGAGGCCCAGGAUGCUCUGGCAGCGAUCCACCAGAGGCUUGAGUCUGAUGGCACAGAGAGAGUGGAGGGAUCGAUGACCCAGCGACUGGAAACCAUCCUCAACAGAGCGAGUGAUACUGCAGAUACUCUUUUCCAGGAGGUCUUGGGGCGGAAAGACAAAGCUGACUCCACACGCAACGCACUCAACGUCCUGCAACGUUUCAAGUUUCUCUUCAACCUGCCACUCAAUAUUGAACGCAAUAUCCAAAAGGGUGAUUAUGACGUGGUGAUCAAUGACUACGAGAAAGCCAAAUCUCUCUUUGGCAAUACAGAAGUCCCUGUUUUCAAAAAAGUGUAUGCUGAGGUUGAGACGAGGAUCGGAGCCCUGAGGAGUCUGUUACUGGAGAAACUGCUACAGACCCCGUCCACACUGCACGACCAGAAGAGAUACAUCAGGUACCUGUCUGACCUGCACGCUCCGGGCGACCCGGCAUGGCAGUGCAUCUAUGCUCAGCACAAGUGGAUCCUGCAGCUGAUGCAAAACUGCAGAGACGAGUUCAUCAGUGGCCAGAGAGUGGACGUCGGAGCUCUGGACCAGGAGGGGGAUACCCGUCCGUCGGCCCUCGGCAGGCUCAGCCAUACCGCAUCUCUGAAGAGAGGGGGCAGCCUGCGAACACCACGACCCAGCACCUGGCGCUUUGAAACCCCGCAGCAGGUGCAGUUUGUGGAGAAGCUGUCUGAUGUGGUAAUCGGCCAGUUGCCCAACUUCUGGAAGCUUUGGAUCUCUUAUGUUAAUGGAAGUCUUUUCAGUGAGACUGGAGAGAAAUCUGGGCAGGUGGAAAAAUCCAAGAAAAAUGCCAGACAGAGACAGAAUGAUUUUAAAAAAAUGAUCGAAGAGAUGAUCAAUCGGCUGGUGAAGCUCGUUCGGGGGGCUCUUCUCCCCACCACCCUCCCGCAGGGGGAGCUGAAUUUUUACGGAGGCUGGGAGAACAAGACGGAGCUCACUGGAGCCUGGCUCACACAGAUUAUACACACCGUCAGGGCUUGUCACGAGGCUCUGUCUGCUCUAGAGAUCCCAAAUGACUUGCUGCAGGUGAUCCAGGAUCUGCUGCUGGAGCUGAGAGUUCAUUGCCUCAUGGUGACCCUGCUGCACACUACAGAAGAUGUUAAGGGGCUCGCUGAGAAGGAGGACUGGGUCGUGGAUAAUGAGGGAAUCACCAGCCUGCCUUCACAGUUUGAACAGUGCAUGGUCCAGAUGCUGCAGUCACUCAAAGAGCCUAUGGAGAUCAAACCUGGAGAAAUAAAUGUGCUGCAGUUAGACCAGGUCCAGGACCAGGCCACAGAGCUCAGUGUGAACAUCAUGAAGGUUUUCAUAAACUGUUUGGAGCAGCUGAGCACUAAAACUGACAUUGAUACAUCUCGCAACAUCUCAGUGGACUUGUCCUCUCCAGACCGGUUUACUGGAGUUCACGAGGGCUUCAGUCCAACAUCUGAGCAGCGUCUACUGAUCAUCCUCAGUAACUGCCAAUACCUGGAGAGACGCACCUUCCUGAACCUGGCCAAUCACUUUGAGAAACACUGCCUCACGGGCACCGAGAAGAUCACACGGGUGAGUGUGGACGCUGUAAGAGAGCUGGAUAGAAAACUCUUUGAGGCCUACAUCGAGAAGCGAGCCGACCCGAUCGCAGGCUCUCUGGAGCCCGGCAUCUACGCUGGGUACUUUGAUUGGAGAGACUGCCAGACACCUACAGGUGUCAGAAAUUACCUGAAGGAAGCGCUGGUCAACAUCAUCACAGUUCAUGCUGAGGUCUUCACGGUGUCUAAGGACCUGGUGCCUCGGGUUUUGUCAAAGAUCGUUGAGUCAGUUGCGGACGAGAUGUGUCGCCUUAUGCAAUGCGUGUCCUCCUUCAGCAAAAAUGGAGCCCUGCAGGCUCGUCUUGAACUCUGCGCUCUGAGAGACGCCAUAGCCCCAUACCUAAACUCUGAAAGCAGUGCCAGCUUCAAACUGGCUCUGGAUGCCCUUCCACAGCUCCACAGCGGAGCCGAUAAGAAGUUGUUGGAAGAGUUGUUGAACAAAUUUAAGAGCAGCAUGCAGCUACAGCUCACCUGCUUCCAGCCCUGCUGCAUCCAGCCUGUUAAGAGAUAAACUCAACCCACUCUAUCUACUACUAUAAUGCACUCUUUGUCUCUUAUCUAUGUGCAAUAAGCUAAUGAACACUAACCAUGUCUUUUCAUUUAUCACCUCGCUUGUCAAUGCAUCGCUUUUUUCAGUGUCACUUUCGACUUCUGCUUCACCAGAUUUGACACCAAUCUCUGUUCAUCUAAUCUCAACGAAACACAAAAUGAGUUGAUUUAACUUGUUACUGUCUAGGACAGUCCCAGCCAUGUUGGUUAUGCUAAUCACGGCCACUCAUGUAGAUGACAAGCAGCAUUGCCAGUGGCUUGUUUCCAAAAAGUUCUGGGUCAGAAGUGGGAUGUAGGCUGUAACAGGGAUGGACUCUACUGUCUCAGACUGAAAUAUUUGUCCUAAUCAAGGUUUAAAGUUGGUGUUGAUGCUUUGUACUGUGCCAUCUCUACUGCCCAAUAAAGUAAGAGAACAAACUUACUUGACUUAAGUGUCAAGGCUUGUCAUUGUUCUGAGCACUUUCCAGUUCUUACAGUAUGUUUUGGCUUUAAUGUUGAGUUUCACAGUUCAUAUUUGAGCAAGACUUUCUGAGACUUGCUGCACUUUAAAUAAAUGGUUGGAGUUCUUAUACUUUGUUUUCAGUAGCCAUAUAGGUAGGGAUGUGUGAGGGGCAAAAUAUACUAGGGCUGUUACUGAGCAACUAAGAAUACAUUUUUUUUAAAUAAAUUAUUGUUUGAUGUAAUCUACAGAUCUGUAAAGCUGAAUUUCUCCACAAAGAAUCACACAAAAUCACCAAUUUAAAUCUUGUGUUUACCAGAGAUGGGUUAUUGAGAUUCUUGUAAAUUAGAUAUUCAGCAUGAAAAAAGCAUUAAAAACAACUACUUAACUAAAGAAAUGGUGGUCAACUAAGACCAGAACAACCAACUAUUCGACAAAGACAUAUAGUCUCACAUUGUUCCAGUACAUUCUGUGCUCUUUUGGUUAUCAUUACAAUUUCAACAUGUUUGCAUUAAUGUCUUCCUUUUUUACUAUAUUACUGAAGAUGGUGCACUACAAAUGAUUUAUGGUUGUGACACAUUACAUUGCCCGGCCUAAAAUUAAUCCAUUGUAAAAUUAAAUAUCAUUCAUGUCAAGGAAAUUUAACUCAAUAGAAAUUUAAAGGCAUAAUUUGUGGUGUUCCUGUGUUGAAUUCCGUUAUAUUGUGAUAUUU